CACAGCACUACCCCUAAAAAAACACAGAAAGGGAGACUGUGAGAGAUACGCUGGUCUCAGGAUGCCUGCGUACGCCACCAACAUGAGGAUGAAGUUCCCCAUUAUAGCCUUGGCUUUGGAGAUUAUCACCAUUAUCCUGUUUGCCGUGUUUGUGGUCUAUGAUGAUGGGAAAGGUCACGGUCACGGGCACGACGCACACUCCAAUGAGACUCAUCCUAAACCGGCACAGCCCAUGGAACUCUACCCCAUGUUUCAGGAUGUCCACGUCAUGAUCUUCAUCGGCUUCGGGUUCCUGAUGACGUUCCUGAAGAGAUAUGGGUUCAGCAGCGUCGGCGUCAACUUACUCCUGGCGGCCUUCGGCCUGCAGUGGGGCCUUCUCAUGCAGGGUCUCUGGCACCUGGAAGAUGGCAAGAUCAAAGUUAACAUCCUAAAAAUAAUCAACGCAGACUUCAGCACAGCCACAGUCCUGAUCUCCUUCGGAGCGGUUCUGGGUAAGACCAGCCCUGUACAGCUCCUCAUCAUGACCAUAAUGGAGAUCACCAUCUUCUCCAUCAAUGAACAUCUGGUGGCCAAUGUCCUCGCAGCUAAUGACGUCGGUGCCUCCAUGAUCAUCCAUGCUUUUGGAGCCUACUUUGGCCUGGCAGUGGCUCGAGUACUUUACCGACCGGGUUUGAAAAACGGACAUGAUAACGACGGCUCUGUUUACCACUCCGACCUGUUUGCCAUGAUCGGAACCGUCUUCCUGUGGAUGUUCUGGCCCAGUUUUAACUCGGCCAUAGCCGAGCCGGGCUUACCUCAGCUCACAGCAGUGAUCAACACCUACUUCUCCCUGGCGGCCUGUGUGCUCUCUGCCUACGCCAUCUCCAGUCUGGUGGAGCACCGAGGAAAACUGGACAUGGUGCACAUUCAGAAUGCCACCUUGGCCGGUGGCGUUGCUGUGGGAACGUGUGCCGACAUGAACAUCGGGCCAUUUGGGGCCAUGCUGAUUGGUUUAGUGGCCGGCAUCAUCUCCACCCUGGGCUUCAAGUUCCUCUCUCCGAUCCUGUCAUCCAAACUGGGCAUCCAGGAUACCUGUGGCGUCCACAAUCUGCACGGCAUGCCUGGCAUCCUCGGUGGAUUGGCUGGAAUUGUGGCCGUGGCUCUGGGAAAAAAAGACGGAGGUGAUGCUGCCAUGCAAGCUGCUGCCUUGGCUUCAUCCCUCGGGUUCGCCUUGGUUGGAGGGGCUGUUACAGGUUUAAUAAUGAAGUUGCCGUUCUGGGGCCAGCCUCCAGAUAAGAACUGCUAUGAUGACUCUAUAUACUGGGAGGUUCCUGAGGAGGAGCAUGAGGAGCAUGAGGAGAGCUUGACUCACGCCGAUCACUCAAAGAACAAAGCAGAGGUUUAAAUAUCUGCUCACCAUCCAUUCAGCUUGGAAACUAUAAAAGGAAAGGACUAUUAACCUGCUCCACCAUGUCCACUCAUACCAAUCUGUCAAUAAAUGUAAAGUGUUUUUUUGUUUGUUAAAUAGAUGAUUUGUUGUACUAACCAACACACGUACACUUUGAAACUGUUUAGUGAGAUCUACAGCAGUGAAUCUCAACGUACAGUUUAAAUGUGAAAUGUGGGCAGUGAAGGUUUUACACAAGUCUCCAAAACACACAAGUAUUUUAGUUUUAUUGUUAGAUUUUAUUCAUUUAAUUUACAUUAAAAAACUACUUUUUAAGAAUUUGAAACAAGGACCUUUAGGGAUUUUUUACACAAAAAAUUGUAAUCAAUCAUUUUGAAAGCCCAGUAGGUCACUCCAUAGAUUCACUGCUGAUACAAAACUACAUCCCACAAGCCUUUCCUUUAUGUCGUUUUUAUAUAAUACAAUGACGCAUUAAACUAUGUUUUUAGAUAUUAGAAUAGUUUUCUUCAUACAUUAUUUGAUAUUUCCAGACACCUCAUGUGUAUGUCGGCUGAAGCUUGGGUCAAAGAGGAGUUGAAUCUGCUUUGAUCUUCUGCUUCACGCCACCUCACCGGAGCCCGUCCUACUGCAGGGAGUCAGAGUCCGACUGUGGGAGACCAGCAGCGAGGCUCUGACAUGCACACGGAGUCACAAGACAUGUUGACAACUAAUGAAGCUCUGCGUUGCUCCCACUGCUUACAAUCAUUUUCUAUCCAUCCAACGGCAGCGUAACCAUUUCUUUAAAGCAAAGAGGAAUGCAUUGAGCAUUAGAUUGCCUGUCACUGGGCAAGCUAACGUUAUUUUUUGGGUUUUCAAUUUAUAUCCCAUGUAUUCUUACAUGUACAUAUAGUUUAGUGUAUACAUGAAUUGACAAGGUCAGUUUUAUUGAAGUCCUGCAAUGUAAAAAAAAAAAAAAACUGGUACUGUAUAUUUUUCAGAUGCCUAAAAGAUUUCAACAGGAACUGGCAGUUAUAGAAGAUGGAAAUGUGACAAAUAAUACACUUUUUUAUACCAUAUUCAUUGUACCAUUAUAUCCUUUUCCGCCCCUCGUCUCUGUAGCUGAGUUACUGUUGGAUUCUUUUAUGGGAUUUUAGUUAGUUUAGUUUUGAACUGUGCCACUUGCAACAAACCUCCCGUGUACAUCACUGGAUUGAAGCGCAGCAUUUGCUUACUUCUAUCUCUUUAAGCUACAUGGUGUCUGAGUGAUGAAGGACAGAUUGUUUGUAUUUUACAUUAAACAUAGAACUGCAGGGCAAGAUGGAACUGACCACACACAUAGUCGAGUUAAUCAAUAUUUUGGUUUGUCAAAUUAUGUAUUAUGUCGGGAACACAUCAAGAUUUUGUCUUUUUAUACAGUGAGGAUGUGCUCAUAUUUGUAUAAUAUACUAAUACUGUCAUAAUAAAUAUGGUUUUGUACAAUA